AUGACUUGCAUAGAAGGUUAUCAGAAGGAUUCAUUACGUACAGCCUAUGUUAAUGCUCAUAGAAUGAUAGAUAGUGUAGAAUGGCCAAUGCAUCCUCCAGGACAAAUUUUACAUGUUUAUGAGGUUGAAGAAGAAAGUAAAUGUUGUGGAAGUGAAACGAUAUAUUCUGCAACGUGGGCAGAUGUAGAUGAUUUUAAUGAGAUAUUAAUAAGUCCUAGUAUGGCUUUCGACCAUUUUGCUGAAGUUGUUUCUGAUUCACUAGAACAACUGGAAAAACGAAACUUUGAACCAACAACCAAACAAGCAACAACACCACAAGGUAAUUUUCUCAACGCAUUUAUCUUGAUUUUUGCAAAUUGUUAA